AUGCCGCCGCCAAAGCGCCCUUCCAAGCCCCUCGUCGCUCUCAUCCUCGGCGGAACAGCCACUGUGUCCCUUCCUCUCGCAGCGAGUCUACUCAAGCUUGGCGCCGUGUACGUUCGCAUCGCCGAUCGCUUCUCCGUCGACCCCCCAACAUGUUACAUCGACCCCAUCUUCAAGGUCCUCCUGCGUGAUCCCCGAGUCGAGUACCGGCAGUCAAACCUCGCGAAUGUGGAAAAGUACCCAAGUCUCUUCGAGCCGCCAGCCGAGGGUACGAAUUGGCACCGCUUCGAUGUCGUGUUCGAUCUCACCGGUGAGAUGAACUACGACAAACCCGAGGUCAUCCACAUCACAAACACGUACCGCGUCGCGGUUGGCCUGGCCUCGUACGCCAAUGACCUCGACACAGUCCACCGGCCACUCGCCUAUGUCCGCCUCCAGAUGCCGUUCUACGAGAUGAAGUCGGGCAGCUCCAAGGGGCACGGGGAAGGCGACAAACUCAAGCCCGAUGGCGUGCGUGGGCGGUGGUGGCACGAGGCACUACGAGGUAUCGCCAAGCUGCCAAACCUCAACUCUGGAGUGGUACGCUGCGCGGCGUGGUACGGACCAGGUCGCUGGGACGCUGAGGUGAUUCCCCGCCUCGUCGUCGGGCAUGUCUACUCAUACCUCGACGAGGAAAUGAAGUUCCUAUACAACUCUGACCUCCGCAUCAACACGGUCCACUCCACCGACGUUGGCCGCGCCAUGUACCUCACGGCACUAUGGCUUAUGCAGACACCGCGUGACCAGGUGCUCAAGGAGGCUGGGACCGAGCUCUACUUCCCUUUCGAAAAGGAGAAGUCGUCCAAGUCAAUGUCAACCAUGUUCCGGGGGAAGAAGACGACGGUUGAUGCAGAGUGGCGCAGCAUCAAGACGGUCGUGCCAGAAGAAGAGUUGCCUGUCGUGCCCAUGUUCAACGUUGUCGAUGAUGGCGACUCGACACAGGAAAGUAUCGCCAAGGCUGUCGCCGACGUUUGGAACGUCAAGUACGGUUUCAUGAGCACAACAAUCAUGACGCUCGUCGCGCAGUUUGCCAAGAAUGACUUUGAAGAGAUGGUCGAGGACGUCAACGAGAAGCAUGUCGACGCGUGGGCCAACAUGCUCUCUGCUUCCUCACCGCCCAUUGCCUCGACGCCGAUUUCGCCAUUCCUUGACGCACACUCGUUCAGAAAAACGCCGAUCCACCUUGAUGGCUCACGGGCGAAGCGUGUACUGGGUUUCAAGCCUACCAAACCGCGCGUCGACGUCAACGAGUUGCGUAAAAUCAGCCAAGGGUUCCAAAAGGAUAAGAUCUGGCCAGCAUUGUCUUAG